UUUGGCCUAAAGGAUCUCAGAACGCGAUUGAGUGGGCUCGUGAUCCGAAAUCUGCUCUCAAAACUCAAACCUGAGUAUUUGACGAUACGCAUUCCAAAAAUGAAAAUAGAGACCAACUACAAAUUGAAAGAAGCGCUUCAGCAUAUGGGAGUCACUGAUCUUUUCACAAGCCAGGUCAAUCUAACAGGGGUUUCAGACCUACCUCUGUAUGUGUCCAAUGCAGCUCAUAGAGCUCUAAUUGAGGUUGAUGAAGAGGGAACGACUGCAGCUGCUGCCACGUAUUUUGCAAUGAAAUUGACGGCACGACCGAAUAUGAACAAACCCAAAAUGUUCAUAGCAAAUCAUCCUUUCUUAUUCAUCCUCACCAAGGACAACAACCCCUUAUUUAUUGGGCAAUACGCAUAAAACCGCUAACUGUACC